CUAGCUCGCCUCGGGUAUGUUCUUGUCAAUUACCCUGAUGAGACCUUGAUGCCCGGUGAGCUGCGAUCCACUUUCUGUCGCACCAAAGGCAUCCACGAUCUCAACCAACGCCAUCGUGCCAACAUCAUCAAUCACCUCAAGACAGGCACCUUAACCAUCCGAGCAGUUACGAGUGAUGCUGCCCGUAUGCGUCUCACCACCUCAAAAGACCCCGUUGUCAUUGGAGAGGCCCCCUUAGCUUGCUCCAUGCACUCCUGUGGGCGACGUGCGUUUGCUGACGGCCGCAUUGACCAAAAGGGUCUUCCCCGU